AUGUCGAUAGAUAAUGUUAAGAUUCUUUCGCAUGUUAGGGAAAUUGAUACAAUUGAGAUAUAUUACUUGUUUGAAGAACAGUUUAUGAAAGGUGUAUCAUGCUAUCAUGAGUGUGUGAUGUUGAAAGAUGGUGUGUUUAAGUAUCAUGUUUGGAGGCCUGAUGAUAUUAUUAGGCAUGAAGUGAACCUUAACAAUAGACAACUGGAUAUUGGAUGUAGUUGCAAGUUGUUCACUGAGAUGGGGAUUCUAUAUUGUCAUUGUUUACGCAUUCUAAAUGUGCACUGUGUGUCUGAAGUUCCUGAGAAAUAUAUUUUGAAGAGGUGGACAAAAAAAGUCGUUGAAGAUGAUAAUUUUGAUAUAAUGCCCAAAGCUGAUAGUGGUAAUGUUGCAUCCUCUGUUCGGAUCUUAGAAAUCACUAGAAAAUUCCAUAGGCUUGCUGUUUAUUGUCAAGAAAACAACGAAGGACGGAAAAACUGUGAACAAGCAGUUGCAGAUGCCAAGAGAAGAGUUGAAGCUGACUGUGGUGCUAUUUUAUUUGAAGAUUGUGAUAUAGGAUCAUCAAGUGCUGUUAUAAAGGAUCCAUCAACCAGGCGGAUAAAAGGGUUGCGAAUUAAGAGGGUGAGUAGUGUUAUUUCAAAGAAAUAUAACAAAGGAAGGGGACGAGAGCAUCUUGCACAUAUGGUUGCUUCCAAAAUAAAAUCAGCUGUUCAGUCUCAAGUUGAGGAUGAUAUUUCUAAUAUUGCUGGAGAUGGUUAUCUUGUGCCUCCAAGUUCUGGAACUUCUAAUUUUUGUCAUGUUAGGCCAAUGACAAAGUAUGGAUGA